AUGGCGAACCUUUUCCCGACUUACAAGAAGCAGUCCCUCGGGCAUGCACGGAGCGGACAACCUUUUCCCGUCAUGAAGCUGCCGGUGGAAAUUCGAUUGAUGAUUUGGGAAUACGCAUUGCCCGAAUCUCGUGUGUACGAAGUCAUGGACGCCCCGAAUGCAAGCCAGAGAACGCCUGCUGCGGCGGGGCUCAUGUUCGCAAAUGUUCGCGAUGAACCCCCGCCGGCCUUGGGUGCCGUCUGCCACGAGACGAGGGUGUUUGUGCUGCAGCGCUACAGACCCCUCACUCUCUCGGUCACCACGAAAUAUGUCGAUCUGUCGCGCGAUAUCCUCCUGCUCGAGCCGUACUUGCUGGUCAAGCGCUUGCUCCGAACACUGCACUUCUUCAGCCAGAUCCCUCUCGUCCGCGACAGUCUCAGUCGGCUUGCGUUCGGAACCUCGUACGGCUUGUACACCGGGAUCUGCCAUCCCGUGCUCAGUUGGAAAGUCUCCAAGACGAAUAUGGCGACAUUGCUGGCCCGCCUAGCAAAGUUCCCGAGGUUGAGGAAGCUGGUUUUCGUCGUCCAUCAGGAGUUCCAGUUCGAUUUUGACGUCCACUACCCAUACUCGGCACCACAGUCGAACAAUCUGGGUGCACUGCGCCCGCAGCAGGUUCACCAGGGAUAUCGCUUCAAGUUUGACAUCGAGUCGCAUCUCAACUAUACGCAACCCCGUCACCCGCACUCGAACGAGUUCCUCUAUUACCCGCUGGCCAUAGACGAAGACAAAGAUGACUGUUUCGACAAAGAUGACCUGGAGGACGAGUCGGAUAUAGGUCUAUGCAUCUGGUGGAGAAAGGACAGCCCGGAAGUCCUCGGCCGCGGGUGA